AUGGAAAUCUCUGCUGGCGACUUGAUUGGGGCAAAGAGGUUCAAGGUCGAUACUCCUCAGCAGUGCGUGGACCGUUGUGUUCAGCACUCUGAAUGUACUCAUGCAAACUGGUCGAAGAAACGGGUGGACAACCAGAUCACCUGCUGGAACAAGAAGAAGGGGAAGGACACAUCGCCUUCGGAUGACCACCCCGACUACGCCAGUCUUUUUGUCCAACCCAGGAAGUAA